CCACUACUUCCGGGUUUCGGCAGUCUGGUCCAUAUCCACUCCUCAGUCGCGUUUCCCAACUACUCGCGCCCAUUGUACACAAACCAACGAGGAGUUGGCGGCUGAGCACAGCAUCGAUCGAGGGCUGCUCCUUUAAGAAAGACUAAGCCUGAAUUAUCACCCCACCUCCCCUGAUCUCCUUUACAGGGCUUUUGCGUUUUAAAAAAAAUCAACCCAGGAGCCGAGAGUGAUCAAAAGAAAAACGAGUGAGCUGAAUUUUUUGUGUGCAUUUGACUAUUCACGUUAGGUGUGCUAACCCGUGGAAGCGCGCCCUGGAUCAUCAUUCAUUCCGGGCUACUUUGACAAGCCUCGGCGUUUGAUUGACAGGCGUGGUGGCAAAAAGCCAUGAGACUUCGCUAGUUUUGUUUUGAGGGGUAUUUUCAUACUGUUUUUUUUUUUUUUAAAUAAGACUGGGUUUUCUCUCCCUAUGCCACUGCCCUGGGGAUAGCUCAGGCCCUAUUCACGGUUGCUUUGGACUGAACUUGAGCUGAAGAGGGCUAGCUUGAAUUCAUCGUUGCCUUUCUCUUGCAAGAAAUACGGAAUCUUGAAAGAUCUCGCAUUUGGAAUUUGCGUUUUUAUUUGUUCUUCACCCUGGCCUCUUAGGGGAUAUAUCCGAAGUGAAAGGAGAGAAGAAGAGAGGGACUAGAGGAGGGAUAUGGCGCAGCGGUACGAAGACUUGCCCCACUACGGGAUGGACGGGGUGGGUAUCCCCACCACCAUGUACGGCGACCCGCACGGUGCCCGCUCCAUGCAGGCCGUCCACCUCAACCACGGUCCCCAGCUACACUCACACCAGUACCCGCACACAGCCCACAGCAACGCCAUGCCGCCUAGCAUGGGCUCGUCCGUCAACGACGCCCUGAAGAGAGAUAAAGACCAGAUAUACGGGCACCCCCUGUUCCCCCUGCUUGCACUGAUUUUUGAGAAAUGUGAAUUAGCGACUUGCACGCCCAGAGAGCCUGGGGUCGCGGGAGGAGACGUUUGUUCAUCGGAAUCUUUCAAUGAAGAUAUAGCAGUGUUUGCAAAACAGAUUCGGGCAGAAAAGCCGUUAUUUUCAUCGAAUCCAGAACUGGAUAACCUGAUGAUUCAAGCCAUUCAAGUUUUACGGUUUCAUCUCCUGGAGUUGGAAAAGGUACACGAACUAUGUGACAAUUUCUGUCACCGGUACAUCAGCUGUCUGAAAGGAAAGAUGCCCAUCGACUUGGUGAUCGACGACAGAGAGGGCGGAUCAAAAUCGGACAACGAGGAAAUAACAAGAUCAUCCGGGCCUCUUGAUCAGACUUCCUGGAACAGAGAGCACGAUGACACGGCAUCCACGCGCUCCGGGGGUACACCUGGCCCAUCCAGCGGGGGACACACGUCACACAGCGGGGACAACAGCAGCGAACAGGGCGACGGCAUGGACAACAGUGUGGCUUCGCCGAGCACAGGAGACGAAGACGACCCGGACAAAGAGAAGAAAAGGAACAAGAAGAGAGGCAUCUUCCCUAAAGUGGCCACCAACAUCAUGAGAGCCUGGCUCUUCCAGCACCUAACGCACCCCUACCCUUCAGAAGAACAGAAGAAACAGCUGGCACAAGACACAGGCCUCACCAUCCUACAAGUGAACAACUGGUUCAUCAAUGCCAGAAGGAGAAUAGUUCAGCCCAUGAUCGACCAGUCUAACCGUGCAGUAAGUCAAGGAGCCCCCUACACCCCAGAUGGACAACCCAUGGGGGGCUUCGUGAUGGACGGGCAGCAGCACAUGGGAAUCAGACCACCUGGAGCGAUGAGUGGCAUGGGGAUGAACAUGGGCAUGGAAGGACAGUGGCACUACAUGUAGUCUUUCACCUGUCAAUCAAUCGCUCAUCAUAUGGGGAAGACUGCAGGGCAUGCCAGGGAAUUACCUGUCUGACGACGGCACUGCGGCCUGCUGGGCACCCUCACAUCAAAACCAGGACCCACCACUUCAAAACCAGGAAUCCCUACCAUAACCAGGAGCCUGCACAGCUGCACCAUGGCCCUCCCUUUGGGCCUCCCAGGCACCACAUUCCUGGACAUCCCCCCACCCUGCUCUGUCCCACCCAGUGAUGAUGAUGCACAGAGGAGGACAUCCCCACCACCAUGGGCCCAGCCACCCUGCCUACGCCCCCCUGCCAGCCUCCAGUCCCUAGAUGCCCAUCGCCCAUCCCAGCAGACCCCGACCCCCUACCCCCCUUCAUCCUGAACCCUGGACUGCCUCGCCCAGUAGACUCGAAGGGAUUCCUCUUUGAAAAAAAGCGAUUGAGAGACAUUGGGUGUUUUCUCUUACCCAAGACUGAAGACAACUAAAGAGGCACCUGCUAUGUACUAUGGACUCCUAGAAAAAUAAAAAGAGACUUCUUUCAGAGAACUGUACCUUCUCCAAGUCUUGACUGGGGAUGGAUUUGGACCAAGGAGAAGCCAAUGUCUGUAUAACACAGAGGUGCCCUUAAAAAUAGGAUUCCAGAAGAGAUGAGAAUGAGGGGAAAGAAAGACAGACAGAGAUUGAAAGGCAAACUAUAUCAACUCCUAAAGGGGAGGGAAGAGGAGAGAGGGGAGACACUGUAUACUGUUGUACAAUUACGCUGGACUCUCAAGGAGAACUGGGAAUUGAAGUAUUGUAAAUGCUAUGGUAUUGUUCUGCAUAACAUGUUGUUUCUAAUCGUUUUUUUUUUUAAAGGAUGUGAACUUCUUGUUUUUUUUUGUUUCUUUCCACACUAUGUGUGUGCUGUGUCUAUGACCUCUGACCUCCUCCCUAUUAAAAUCACCAUGAGUUUAAAAAGAUACAAAUAUAUGUGAAUAAAACCAAUAAUUCGAUCAACCAA